CUCUGCGGGAGUCGAGGCAGCUGAGGCAACACGACCUUUUUCAGAGACUUCAUACGCCUUUCGCGUGUUGCAUUGCUUACUACUUGUGUCCAAGUCAGCGGUUUUAAAAGUGUAUUCACUGUUUAGUGUCUCAAAAUAUCUGCAUUUUUAAUUUAACUUUUUAACAACUUUUAAAAAUUUGUCAAUCUCUUAUAAAGUUCAUUCUAAUCAUAUCAAAAUCAAGAAAAAUUAUGCAUACAGUGGAGACCGAUAUUCAUGCAAUAUAUCGAGAGUACUUAUAUUAUUAAACAUAAACUACAUGAGAUAUAUUAUUGGAAAAAAUGGAAACAAAGUGAAAAACUAAGAGGAAUAAAUUAAUAUAAAAAAAAACACGAUAAGUCACUUAUUUGAAAACUUGAUGAAUUUAGUUGAAAAACUGGAGGCGUUAGGAUUACGCCUCUUCUUGUAUUUAUGAAUUUUAUUCUUUCAAUUAAUAAAAAUGAAGAAAUAGAAUUUUUACAUAAAUUUAUGUGAAUUAAAUUUUAAAAAAGUACAUUACGUUCUAUAUAAUCAUCAUCUUUCCUGCUGAAUGAAAUCAACUCUAAGAUAGAAUAAGAAAUUAUCGUUUUACAUCCUGCUAUACGAUUGAAACAUCCUGUGAUUUUUUUCAUAUAAAUAUCAAAUUACUGAUUAGUCUUGUUUUUAUUAAGUGAGUAUAUGUAAUGGUGUAGUUACUAUAUCAUUGUAUUGCAAAUACCACAUUGGUGAUGCAUUGAUGAUAAAUACUCUAAACGUCACUUGAUGAACAUAAUGAUGUGGAUAAGUGUGGAACAAGAUAAAAGAUUUGUGUUUGUUUAAUCAGAUUAUCAAUGAGAUAAAUUAUUGAUGCAAAAUAAAAUUAUGGGGAUUGAGUCUGAUCUUGUGGAUGUUUUAAAUGAUCUAGUAAACUUCUUGGAAUCUCUCUCAGAGGAAGUAAAUCUUCCGGAAGCGUUGGAAAAUGAUCGUUCAAAUUUAUUGCGUCGAUCUAAGUGUAGCUUGGUUGCAAUGGGUCAACGAUCGGCCUCGCCUGAACCAUACCUUGACAUGAAUGCCGGAAAAGGCAAAGGAUUGCUUUUGGUUAAGUCUAAAUCUGCAAACAGCAAUGAUACUCAUUUAACUGAGUAUAUUGACUCUGAUAAUCCAUGUACUCCAAAAAUUUCUCAAGAUGAAUAUGAGUGUUUCCAAGAAGAACUAACACACACAACAGAACAAAAUAUAGAGGAAGAAAAAUUAAAAGCUACCUAUCGAAACUUUUCUGCUGAGCAGACUAAAAUCAUGUGUGAAUGUAAAUGUCUUAAGAAAUGUGUUGGCAAAUGUCAUUUAAAUAUGAAUAAAUGUGGUAUUUUAUUUCAAAAAGAAGAACGUAAACUAUUUGGUUUUCAAUUAUUUGAUCAACUUCGAGAGUGUUGGAUUGGUCUCGUAGGACGUCAUUUAUUAAUCUAUAACACAAAACAUGAUAAACAUCCAGCAGAAGUGAUUUCAAUACGUGGUUAUUCUGCUCGCCCUGUGACAGAUGUAAUAUCUCGCGAUCUAGACCGUAACAAGCCUGCAUUUGAAAUUUUUUGUCUCGGUGAUAAAACUUAUCAAUUUAUAGCCAAACAUCCAAAGGAAGCGGAGCAGUGGAUAGCAAUAAUAAAUAAAGUAGGAUCUAUAGAUUCCGUAAGAAAGAGUACAAAUGGAUUAAUCAAAGAAAUUACAUCAAUUCAUGAAAAAAAUACAUCAUUCACAGCUGAAGAACGAUACCAAGAUAUUGGUGAUGCUGAUCAUGAAAAAAUUUUAAAUAUUAAAGAAAUAGAAAAUAAUAAGAAAAAUAAUGAAGAUGGCAUUCAAUUGAGAUCAAAACAUAUUUUAAGUUCUUCAGAUAAGAAAAAGAUAUUAGAAGCUCCACCAUUACCAGCAAGAAUACCGUUCUUGGCUCAAACACCGCGAAGACUUCCAUCUCUUCCUCAGAAUCAUGAACCAGCAUUUUCUUUUAACACUAUGGAUGAUGGAUAUGACAAAGAUGGAAUUUACUACGAUAUAGAAGACCUCAAACAACCAUCAGGUACUUACGAGAAUUUGAAAAAACAUGAACAAGCAAUGAAAAACGGCAAACAGGUGGAAGUAGAGACUUACGAUGAUGUUGCAGAAGCUAAGAAGAAGAAAGACGAUAAAUCAAAAAAGAAAAAAGAUUUUUCUAAACGUAAUUCACAUACUGAUACUUACGACGAUAUUCAUAUAGUAGAUAAUAAUAUUUCACUGCAGGAAAGUACCCAUGAAGAACCUAAAUCGAUAACAUAUGAUGACAAAGAAGUGGUUGUUGAUAAUGUAAAAAAAGAAUCUCCAAGAAAAAAAUCAUUCUUAGGUCGUAUGAGGAAUAAAAAGGAUUCCACGAAAAAAGAAAAAAACAAGAAAAAUUCUGCAAAAGAGAUUAUUCCGAUUCAAAGUGAAAUAAGCCAGGAACUACCCACUUAUGAUGAUGUCUCUGAGCUUUCUAGUGCCAAGAAUAACAAUUUAAUUAUGGGAACAAUGCCAGAGUAUACAUGUCCCCCUCCUCCACGUCCUUUAUACGUAAAACCUCCAACCAUUGAUAAUUUCAAAUCAAAAGAAAAUAUUGAAGAAUUAUAUGAUGAUAUUGAAGCAUUACGAAACGAUUUAGAUUUGAAAACUCAUAAUAUAAGUGUUGGAAGUUGUAUUGUUGAAUCACCGAGUCUUAAUAAUGAAUUCACAAGAGCGAAAAAUUCAUCAACAGUCAUGAAUGAGUCGAGCUUUAAGCCUAAAGAACUUGAAAAUGAUGUAGAACAUUAUCAGGUUCCACGGCCGCAAGAUCCAAUUGACUCUGGAGGUCAAUUAGGAGUCGCGCCAACUGAAGAACUUUACGAUGACGUCGCAAUACUUGUUGACUUCCGGGCAAGACGAAGAGACUCUGCAUGCUCUAAUUCUUCAUCGGAAAAAACACUGUCAAAUGUUAGCAAAGCUUGGAAUCGAUUUGCAAGUGGAAGAAAAUAAACAAAAAUGGUCAAUUUUAAUGAAAUAUAAUAAAACGAAUAUGUUGUAAAACUUGUGGUAAAAUUAAAAGCUCAUAUAUAUAUAUAGUUAUGAUAAUCUUUGUUUAAUAGGCUAAUUUAAUCGGAAGUCAAUAAAUCUCUUGUCAA